AUGCCUUUACAUUGUUCCACUUUGUGUGCAAACAUGGCACAUACCUUAAAACUUGGGAAGAGAAGUGAAAACUUCACAUGUAGCCAUGCACAAACAAAAGAUUCCUGCUUUAUGUCUCAAUACUAUAAACCCACCAACACUCUCCAAACCCACAUUGCUUCUGUGUCAAAAUCUGACCAAAGUUUUUCUUCUCCUGUGAUGGAGGAGGACCGAAAAGUUUUUCUUGUCUCAGAAGAAACAGAGGAACAUUGCGGAGAGUUAGAUGUUGCUGUUAAAGCAGUUCAGAUGUCAUGCUUCCUCUGUCAGAAACUACAAGACACAUGGAUUUCGAAUUCUCAGACCAACCAUCCCUACUCACCGUUCACAGUUGCAGAUUGGAGUGUGAACACAAUUGUCAGCUGGAUAUUGUCGAAGUGUUUAGGGAGUGAAAAUGUCUCAAUCGUAACUGAAAAGGAUGCUCAGACACUAUCCAACACUAAUACAUCAGAACUGUUGGAAGCUGUGGUUAAAACUGUGAAUGAAUGUCUAGCUGAAGCACUAAGAUUUGGGGUUGAGGAGCCAAAAUCAGCUCUGGGAACUUCAGAGGUUCUUGAAAUCAUCAAUUGCAGUAACUCAAUUGGAAGUCCUUCAGGAAGAUUUUGGGCACUUAGCCCUCUUGAUGGCAAAAUGGGGUCUGCAUGCGGUGAUCAAUAUGCUGUAGGUUUAUCACUGAUAGAGGAUGGUGAAGUGGUGGUUGGAGUUCUUGGCUGCCCUAACUACCCUAUGAGAAAGGAUUGGUUUAGCUAUCAUCUCAGCUAUCAAAGGAUGAUAUCUAUGUUGACUCCUCCAACCUCUGAAACUUGGAACAAAGGUUGUAUAAUUUAUGCUAAGAGAGGUAGUAGGAAAGCUUGGAUCCAACCACUGCUCCAUGUCAAUAAGAAGUAUGUGUGGCCAAACCAGGCAAAACAAGUUUCUGUCUCUUCUGUUGACAACCUAGCAUUGGCUACUUUCUGCCAACCAAUUGAAAAGGCCAAUUCAAGCUACACUUUUACUGAGGGAUUGGCUCAGAGUGUUGGUCUCAGUAAUCAGCCACUAAGAGUACAAAACAUAAUGAAAUAUGCGGCAAUAGCUUGUGGGCAUGCUGAGGUUUUCAUGAAGUUUGCAAGGGCUGGUUAUAAGGAAAAAAUAUGGGAUCAUGCUGCUGGUUCUGUCAUCAUACAAGAGGCUGGAGGCAUGGUAACAGAUGCUAGGGGGCAUCCCUUGGACUUCUCAAAAGGUUUAAACUUGGAAAGCCUUGAUCGUGGUAUAGUUGCUUGUGCUGGAACCACUUUACAUGAAAAGAUCAUCGAUGCAGUUGAUGCUAGCUGGGUUUCUUCUUGUCUUUGAGACUGUUCUAAUAAGCUACAUGUAUAUAGGAUAUAUGGACUGUGAUUAUGUGAAUAAUGUAUAAUCUUUCCAUGUUGUAUUAUAAUUACUACUUUUUUCCAUGUUGCAUGCUGUAUUAUAAAUUAUAAUUACUACUUUUUUUCCACAUUGCAAA